AAUGUAUGAUCAUUGUACACACACAAGUUGAACUUUGGCACAGAAUACUUAGACUUGGAUUUGUGCGUACACUCAGUCAUAUCUGAUAAGAGCUGUAAGAGUAUACAUAUAAGAGAAGAAGUUUCAAAUGACUUCAUUUUAGUAGUGGUUAAAGUUUAUUCUGUUGAAGUUGAAGUUUGUGUCAUUUUUCAAAAGUAAAUUUAAUUUAAUUUAAAAAGAAAAAACAUUGAAUACCUGGACAUUGAAUCACUGCAAUGGAAGUGAUUUUAUUUAUUGUGUCGCUGUUAAUAUUGUCCAAUUUAAAACAAAUUAAAGCCAAUAAUCAUGACUUAAUGAACUCGGCGAAUGAUUCAGUGCAGAUAUUGGAGUAUAUAAAAGAGCAAGAUGGAAAUUUCAUAGUUGGCAGUCAAACCGAUGUUAUUCUCAUACUUGGUAUGACUGGAAGUGGCAAAAGUACGCUCACGCAAUUUUUAACAAAUGUUGAAUUGAACUCGGUUCCGAUUGAAGGUGUACGAGGCAGUUUCCGAAUUGUCGAUCCAAAUGACAAAAUUAGUGGAUUGAACACGACCACAUCGAAAACAAUUGUGCCAGAUUUAUUUACUGACGAUGAAAAUUGUCUCGCUUACUACGAUUGUCCCGGUUUUAGCGAUUCAAGAGGUGUUGAAGUUGACUUGGCAGCUACGUUUUUGAUUCAAAAACUGUUAAAUUUUGCCAAAUCAACGAAAUUAAUUUUCACCGUUAGUUACACUGCACUUCAAGUUGCCAUUGGUGAUCGGCACGAUUUUAUGGAUUUAGUUGGAUUUGCAACGGGUCUUAUUAAGAACAUUGACAAAUAUCGAAACGCGAUUGCAUUGAUUGUGACCAAAGUGCCAAACACUUACGACUAUGAAUCUGAACCACCAAAGCUAAUCGACGAUGAAUCGGUCAUCCUUGGAAUUGCGACGUUUUUGAAUCAAACAUUGAUCGAAUUAAAAGCAAAAUUGAAUGGAACUCAGGCAGGCGAUGAACGUCAAGUAAUUGCCAAUAAAAUUCAAUUCAUUGACAUUUUGCUUGAGAAGAAAAACGGAAAAUACACACGAAUCGGGAUAUUUCGAUUGGCAUACAAGGCGGGACCAUUGAGCCAAAUGCCACUUAUACAAAAAGAGAAGCCGUAUCUUGUUGAUAUAAUUAAUAAAAAUCUACAAUAUGUACGAAAGGAAUCGGAUGAUUUUGGUAUGGUCAUAUCGGACAAAUCAAAAGUACAAGCCCACGAUUUGGUUGAAGAGACAAAGAAUCAGCUUAUCUAUGAUUUUAACAUCAUCAGUGCGGAAAUUGAGCUAUUUUUCAAGCAAAAGGAAAAACAACAUUCGCACAGCUUAAGAGAUUCAAUUGCUGCAACCGCAGCAAUUUUGAAGGAUUGGUCACAAAUCAGUUCAUUGCAGCCACUUGAAUUUCGAAACCAAUUCAUUGAUACAACUGAUGUUCUGGGCAUUUCUAUAGUGAGUAGCAAUUUUCGAAGUUUCCUUCAAUCCUUAGAACUGUUUGAAUUUCUUCAAGUGCUUACCAAACGAAAACCCAACAUUCCAAAUGAAAUCACAAAUGCCAUAGCCAAAUUGAAAGCACGUUUGGACAAUUCGCGAGCAUGGUACAGUUUUCUAAUUGAUUUACAAGAUCGUUUAUCGUCGUACAGCAUUCAACAGUCAACGAAAAUUGACGGAACCAAACUGAUGAAUCUAACGAUAAAUGUUGAAAGUUAUGAGGUUAUGGUAAAAGAGCUGGAUAUAAAAUCAGCCAUUGACUCUGUCUAUCCAAAUAAGUAUGAGACAUUUCAGGACUUAUUAGUAAACACAUUCAAACUGAAGCUAUUGCAAGCGGUUUGGAGUCAAUCGAUGCAAAAAUUUGAACAUAAGUGCAAUGGUACACAUUUGGUUGUGACGGGAUUCAACGUACUUAUCAGUGACAUCGUUCCAUUGGAUUGCUCUCGGACAGCCAAAUACAUAGAAGUGUUCGCAGCAAAUAAAGUGUUUCUCGAUGUUGACUACAAUGCAACGACUUUCAGUCAGUAUGUUGCUAUUGUAUCACCAGUGUGGGAAAUUGUGGUGAUUGCACGAAACUCAAGCAGAAUCAUUGAUUUAAGUGGUCACGAUGAAGAAGGACUUGCAACAGCAGCGCGGCCAAGUAAUGAAUUUCCACCAGGUUCUUCCGAUCGUAAAACACUCAAGUAUCCACAGAGAGGUGAACACGGAGCACCGGGAAAAUUAGGCGGUUCUGGCGGACAAUUUUUUGCACUUGGUCGAACAAUUAAUGAGCCACGCAUUCAGGUUUAUAUAAAUGGUGGCAAUGGAGGUUCGGGACAAGAUGGAGGCAGAGGACUAGAUGGAACCAAUGGACCAGAUCCACCAAAAAUAACGGAUGUAGACCAAUUGAAAAAUGACCCUAGUAUACAUCUACAUACCAGUGGUACGUCAAAUGGUCCCGGCUAUUAUUAUGAGGAUUACACAUUUCUUGGAGGUAUGGGAGUAAGAGGCACUGAUGGUGGAGAUGGCGGUUGUGGAGCACCGGGUGGCUAUAGUGGAAAAUCAUCCAUAUUUGCGUUUGAGAAUGCUCACAAUUUUGCUGAAAUAAGUGGAGAAGGUAAAAAGGGAUCAGACGGUAAAGGUGGAAUUGGUGGAAAAAAGUCAUUUAAUGGGCGUAUAAUGGACGUAAGAAUAGCUUACAACAACUUUUUAGAUGUUAUUAAAACAGAACGUAGCCGUGAAGCUUCUUAUGGUGGUUAUUAUGGAAUUCCCAACGCCCCCGGUGAAAAUGGAAUAGAUGGUGCAAAUUGUGACGUUUUCAAGCGUAAGCCUUUCGAUUUUCAAAAUCCAAUACAAACAUACAUCGAUUACAAACACUUUGUUAGAGAGUAUUUGGCAAACAAUAUCCAAGUAUCGGAAUUGGAUAUGUUCCUGGAGUAUUUGAAUGAAAAUCAAGAUCUACACGCAUCGUAUACAACGCUUGACUAUAUCGCUGAAUUUAAAAGUAUCGAAUCGCAUUACUUCAAAUUGCGAAACAGGUUAUCGUUCAAUUCAUACUACGAAUCAUUACGUGAUCGCAUGGUGAACUAUAGCCGAACGCUGAAUGGAAAAGCGGACGAUCAAAAGGUUAUCAAUUGCUUAUACACAUCUGUAUUGAGUCGACUAUUUGCCAUAAAAUCACACUCAACCAACAUUGCUGUCGUGAAUUUGCUGGAAUUUAUGAAAAUCGUCGAGACACGAAUGAUACGAUUGCAAAAGGUGAAAAAAACCGUUUACAUCAAUGAAGUACGUGACGCAUACAAAAGUGUAUUGAACGACAAAAUUGUGGCUGCAAGUGAUUUGGUCCAAAAAACUGUAAUCCCGCGAAUCAAUACUGUAAUCACGGAAACUGAUGCUCAGAUCAAAGAGUUGCUCGGCGAAAUAUUUACAAAGAAGAAAACGACCGAAACGCAAAUUAAACUAGCCGAAGAAAACAAAAAGAAAUUGGAACAGAAAAUGUUUCUUAAGACAUUGUUGGGUCCAUUGAAACUGGUCGCUUCAGGCUUAUCGUUGAUGGGGCCGCAGGGUAUGAUUGCUGGUGCCGCAAUCGGAACGGUAACAUCCGUGGCCGAUACAGUGAUUGAUAGCACGUUGGCACUUCACAAAGUGACCGUUCCCGUUGGAUUGGUAAAAGCGGAAGUGGAACGGAUAUCAAAGCAUGCGAAACACAAUUUUGAACUUCUUGACCAGCAAUUGAACGAUUUGUAUGUUAUUUUACGCACGGAAAACUGCACUGAUUUGAUACCAGUUGAACGAAAUAUGGACGCGCUAAAGGGUAAUAUCGCAAAAAUCAUGAAAAGUACGGAAAUUCCAAAUGCUGAUCAAAUGAAGCAAAUUAAAAAAAGCCGUGACGAGUUAGUCAAACUAAUUGAAAAUACGAUGAAAUUUUUGGAAGAUCGCAAACCCGAUAGCAAAAUAGCCAAACAAGCGAUUGAAAAGCUGGGCUACAUGAAGAACGUUCUGAAAGUUGGCGAGGUUGGAAUUGAAAUAUACGGUCAAAUUCGUGACGAUCAGAAUAAAAUCAAAGAAGUCGACGCAACGCUCAACGAACUCAACCAACAAAUGCAAGUGCUUCGACAGCAUGAACAAAACGUUUACAAUAUCAUGGUACCGCAACUCCAAAUGAUUGAUCAAUCGAUUGAUUUUGCUAUUAAGAACUCCGAGGGAAAAUCGCAUGUUGAACUGGAUAUAAGUCGAUGGUCGAUUCAAAGUACAUUGGGCGAUGUCAAAAAUCUGUUUAAUCAAAUGACCAAGGGUUUUAUGGUUAGCGCCGAUCUUGAACGAUGCAUUGAGAAAAUCAACGAAGGCAUCACGACCGUCAUUGAUGUAUACGAUCGCAUCGAUGAGUACACGGAAAAGGCUCAAUUGGCUACAUUGAUAGCAGACGUUGCGGUCGGACAGAAUGAAAUUAAAGAUUCGCAUUUGGAGGACGUCCUCAAAAUGGAAAUAAUUAUCAAGUCGAAUCUCGCCAUUGAGCAGUACUUGGUUGGAAUACAGGCAAUUAAGCGGCAUAAAUUUCCAUUUGCUCAAAAUUUUCUGGACAAAUUUGACUUGCAAUCAAAUGUAAGCAUCACCGAUCCCGAAUUCAUUGAAGGUAGGAUUGCUCGAAUCAGUGAAUUGAUCCUGAAUAUCAAAGAGUCAAAAUCAGUACUUCAAGAAGGCGAUGAAUAUUUGUACAGCAAUUAUAGUUUCACCGAUAAGGAGCCAUUUUACACUUGGCAUUCGGUCGAUUACAAAGAUGAUUUUGUGAAUCUUCUAAAUGGUGAUGAAGUUACAUUUAACGCCGAUAUUUGGGACGGUUUGAAAAUGAGCGCCAUCAAAUUCAACAAUAUUUGGAUAAAACUGACACUCAAGAAUCAGAGUGAACAAAGUGUGUUUGACAGUGAGAUUAGCCGCUUCAAGAUCACAUUGGAAAUGAUCGGCAAUUGUUACUAUCGUUGCUACAAGCGAAUUUACUACAUUUCACCCGAAAAACCAGUUAAAAUCUCGUUUUCACUGGAGAGGGGACAACCAACCAAACCGAACGACAUAAUCAGCAAAAUGAAAACGGGCGAUUAUUUCCUCAGUCCCUAUACCACAUGGAAAUUUUCGUUGGAACCAAACGACAGUAACGAUAUCAAUAAAUUUAAUAUAUUUGCAAAAUUGAAAGCUUUUGCAAAUAAAUUGAAGGAAAUCACACUAGAAGGCCACGGACAAUAUUUGGAAAAUAAGAAAAAUUUCGUCUAUCAAGUUUGUAACGAUCAAUUGGACACAUACUAUAGACUUGAUAGCAUCGAGAAUACUCCACAAAAAUUUAGAAAAAUAAUGAAUUUUUGAACUCAAUCGAGAUAAUAUCCCAAAUAACCUAUGAAAAGAAGAAAUUUUUCUUAGAACUUGAUGUUUUUUUUUAACAAUUUUAAUAUUAUUAUUUUAUUUUCAUUGAUUUUUAUUUGAAUAAGGCAAAAAGCUGGUUUCUCUUUUCUUAUGAACAUUUUGUACCUUCUACUUUCUCAUUUUACAUGCUGAUUUUGUAUGAUUUUUUAUAAAUUAACUAAAACAAAAAUGUAAAUAAAUAUUAAGAUGUACUUUGCUUAGAAAUUUAUAACGAAUAGGAUAAGACAGAAAUAAGUGAAAAAAAUGCUAACAUCAUUGAGAUUUAAUAAAAUCACAAAUCGAUCAGGUAAGUUGACGUAAUCGAUACGUCAUCAGCUUAUCAAGC